AUGGCAAAGGCCCAGAUUGGAACGGCGAAAUAUGUGGCCAACAAGUUAAAAGCAAAAGGGUUACAGCGCCUGAGAUGGUACUGUCAGGUCUGCGAAAAGCAGUGCCGAGACGAAAACGGGUUCAAGUGUCACACCCAGUCAGAAUCACAUGUCAAGAAAAUGCUGCAGGCUGGAAGCGAUGGCGGGUUCACUAUCGACAAGUUCUCGAAACAAUUCCAACACGAUUUUGUAUCCUUACUGCGCAUGUCACACGGAGAUAAACCAAUAGGUGCCAACCGUUUCUACAAUGAGUACAUUCAAAACAAGGAUCAUGUUCAUAUGAAUGCCACGCGCUGGUCUUCGCUUGCAGCGUUCUGCCAGAGUCUAGCAAACCAAGGGAUUCUAAAUGUCGAGGACACCCCGGAGGGCCAGGUUAUAGCGUGGAUCGACACAUCUACUGAAGCUGCGAGCCGAAAGCAGAUGAUGGAACAAACAGAACGCAACAAUGAGCGAAAAGCCGCCGAGCGAGCUCUCGCGCUCCAGAUGGCUCGCGCCAAGGCAGCAGCACCUAACGAGCCCAAGGAACCGAAGGAGUUCAAGGAGCACAUGCAGACCAGCAAGACCAAAAUAGCCUUUUCGUUGAAAACCAAGCCUGCGGCAGGCCCGCGAGCCAACCCCCUACGUAAAAAACUCUAA